UCCGUAGUAGGACCGAUCUGCGCCUAGAAGUUGGACCUUAUAACGCACUUCUCCCCGGGACUGUUGACACCAAAUGCGGGGAAACGCCCGGAGGCCUGAGCUUUCUGGGGUAGGACUCGAGAAACGAUAUCCUGAAAGCUUGAUAAGCUUGCUCUGGAGAUUGCUGGGUUUGAUUGGCCGCGGUAUAAAGGCGUUAAGAGCUUCGACAAUUGCACGUUAACCUCUUGCUACCACUGCUUCAAUCUCCGACCUCCGUCUCAUACCUUUCCUGACUCCUUCCUACUCUACUCCAAAGCAUGGGUGGUGGCACUUCACUCUGGGCCUCGCCCGAAUGGAAGAACGACCCCCGAUCCAUCUUCAACGGACGCCUAGCAUAUCUUGCUACCACCAUCGCCUUCGCAGGAUGCUCCUACGGCUUCGAUCAAGGAAACAUUGGAGGCGUGCUUACUCUGCCAACCUUCAAGCAUGCCUUUGGACUCGAUAAGUUGAGCGAAGAUGCUGCGGAUCACCGGGCGGGCAACAUCGCUGCUUUGAUGGCUGCUGGUGGCUCAGCGGGUGCCCUCAUCUCCGCUCCCUGCGCAGAUUUCCUCGGCCGUAGAUGGUCCAUGAUGCUCUAUGGCGCCAUCUACCUCCUCGGCUGUGCAUUCCAGGAAGUCGACCAUCUUGGAUUAUUCUACGCAGGCCGCUUCCUCGCGGGUGUCGCUAUCGGCUCCAUGUCCGCAGGUGCGCCUCAAUUCCUCUCUGAGAACUCUCCAAAGUCCAUCCGUGGCUCCAUGACCUGCCUCUAUAACCUCAUGAUCAUUACCGCUCUGUCGCUUGCUUUCUGGGUCAAUUACGGCGUGUCGAAAUGGCAGAACGUGAGCAUUACGGAUAACCUGCAGUGGAAGCUAGCUCUUGGUAUCCAGGUUAUUCCCGGCGGCUUCAUGUUCCUGAUGCUUCCGUUCGUCCUCGAGACGCCGCGCGCGCUCAUUGCGAGAGGGAAACGAGACGAGGGCCUCAAGAAUUUGAUGAAGUUGCGCAAGCUUCCCGAGCAUCACCCCUACCUCCAGCAAGAGUACAUGGAGGUCUGCGCACAGGUCGACCAGGAGCAAGAGGUUGCUGCGGGACGCAACUACCUGCUCGUGCUCAAGGACAUUGCCUUCGUCCCGUCGAAUAGACGCCGCUUCUUCCUCGCCAUCAUGCUCUUCCUCUUCCACAAGUUUAGUGGUACCGACAGCUUGAACUACUUCGCUCCGGAAAUCUUCACCAUGAUCGGCGUCAAGGGCGGAUCACAAGCUCUCCUCACGACUGGUGUUUACGGCGUUGUCAAGCUCGCUACAACAAUCAUCUACGUUGCCUUCAUCGUGGACCGUGUCGGUCGUCGGCUCCCGCUCAUCAUCGGCGCCUGCUUGCAAGCCACCGCUAUGCUCUACAUUGCUCUGUAUGUUCGUUUCGCGAAGCCAGCCCAAGGCGGCGGAACUGAAGCCGGGGGCAUAAUCGGCAUCGUCUGGAUCUACAUCUACGCAUUCGGGUGGUCGUUCGGGCACAGCGUGGCCUGCUACGUCGUCGCUGCCGAGAUAUUUCCGUCGCGUAUCCGGUCCUUUUGCAUGAGCUGGUGCUUUUUCGUUAACUGGAUUGUCGACUUUGGGAUCACAAAAGCGACGCCUUCUAUGAUGACGCAUAUGGGAUGGGGAACGUUCUUGCUGUACGCGGUGCUGACUUAUAUUGGGGUAAUUUUCGUCUUCUUUUGCAUGCCGGAGAUGAAAGGACGCUCGAUUGAGUCCAUGGAUGACCUGUUCCAGCACUCUAUUUGGACUAUGUACAAGCGUGCGUAUCCGACCGAGGAGGAGAAGGUCCGCCACGAUGUUGGCGAUAUAUUUCACGGAGUUGCCAAGGUUCUUGACGGCGGCGAGAAGGAUAAUGGGAACGUCCAAUUCGAGAGGGUGUGAGGUAGACAGAUCAGAAGACUCCACAGUCAGAAUUGGGAGAAUGUCCGGAUGAACGUGAGGCCCAUAGCGAUACCCUGCAAGGGCCGGCACUUUCAAUAUACCGUGAUGAAU